AACAAGGUCUGAGAAGCAGCUUUGUUAUUUUGUGCUUUUAUCUGGGGUCAGCGCAACACAUGAAAUAAUCCAGGAACUAUUAAAUUAAUAGCUGCUGCUGAGGAAAGUCAUUCAAAGAAAACUGUAACUUACUGAAUGCCAGAACUGCCUUUGAGUGAAACAUCUAUAACCAAAAUAAUACAGAUAUAUAUUUUUUACUUGUACAGUACAUUUUAAUCUAUUUUUUAAUUUGCCUGGUGACAGUCCUGGGCUCUCUGGUGCAAGACUCACACUGUGCCUUAAAGCUAGUAAAUAUUUAUUAAUGUCUUUAUUUUGAUCAAGGAACCUAUAGUACCGGUAUUUACCCUUUUCUCUUUGAAAAUGUCUCUGUCUAUAUGUUCCACUGGGACAGAUAUGUUCUGCAAUGAUCCAGAACACUGUAGGAUUAUAUUCCCAGAUGCAGACUGGGAGGAGGCUGCUACACUGAACCCCAAAAGCGCCUUAAAAGCCGGAUUAGAUGCCAACGCACGAAAAAAAUACUCAUUUGCAAAAAAGAAGGUAAGUGCUUGAGCGAGCAAUAGCUUAUUAAAAUUAACCAUUAAUCAGUUGCAUUUUGUUGUAUGUUAAUUUAGAAAUGAAAGAAAUUAAUGAUUGUUUUAAAUGGAUUGUCUAGUGUUCAUUUCACCCUAAAUAUGUUUUAAUGCAUUUUAUAUGUGUGUAUAUAUAUAUAUAUAUAUAUAUAUAUAUAUAUAUAUAUAUAAUGCAUUGAAUAAAUAUUGUAAAAUAUGAAAUUUAAAAUAAAGAAACGUGUUACUUAGUGGGUCUCCCACACAAGGACGAUAUAUUCUAGGGUGGUCUCAUUCUGACCUAUUGGGUUGUUUUUAUCUAAUAAAUCCCUACACAAAGACUACUACCCAAAGAGUAAUUUCAAUCAACAUAUAAGGUUAUUGGAACUUCUCAAUACACUGAUAGCAGGCACAUAGUGGCAAGUAUUUAUUUAAACACAACAUAGUUUACUAUUUAGUGAUUUGGCUGUCUUAUACAAUUCUGAAAGCUGAAGACCACCAGAAGAAGGAAGACCCUUCCCUAAUGUGUUCAGCAUGCUCAUGCCAUAUGCAGAUUAGGGAGAAAAUAGACAAUGGCAGACCAGUACUCAAUUUUUUUGUGCUGCCUUGUAGUGACAGCAAUACAAGUCAGAUGACCCAUCAAAAUAUGAACAAAAUUGAUUUUGCUAACGCGGAAGUGCAAAUCUAACAUUGGCAUUUAUGUAGAGUGUUGGCAGGGUCAUGGGUGACUCAAAACUGAAAAAUAUUGCCUUAAGCACGAUUGGCAUGCAGUGAUUAUUGUAUCUCAAGUAACAUUUAACAAAUUAAUCUUGGAUGUGGAGCAUUAAUUUAAACACUGCUUUUUAAAUCAGAUCACACGUAUAAAAUAGAUUUCUUGUAUAUGGGUUUCUCUGGAGAAUCUAUUACAAGCAAUUACUGCUACUGUGUUCAUUUUCUUGUGUAUUUUGAAUUAAGUAUUCAAUUCCCAUUAAGCUACUUUCAAAAGGUCAAAAAAGCAACACUAUUCUUCAUCUGCAGGCAUUUGCUCUUUUUGUCAAAGAAUUGCAGCAAGUUCCUGAUUUGGUUCAAUCUGGCUAUAGGAACGAGACUCGGUGGAGAUGCUGUGAGCUGGAGUUUACGCACCAGGCAGCAGUACACAAACAUGUUGCUGCUCAGCAUGAUAAUGACAUCUUACAAAGAACUGAAAGUGUUCUAGAAGAACUUAUUAGAACUGAAGCUUCCACCGCCGUGCCAUGUACUGACCUCUUCGAUAAUAUAUGUUCUUCAAGGGACAUUUCCUGCUACAAAUGUGAGAUUUCCAACUGGUUGCCAGACACAAGUCAUUUCAGCCAAGAUGACCUGACAAGGUAAAGCAGACAGUUACAUUUCCUGCAAAGUAAUGUAGACAUGAUUGUAAGACUCAUUAGAAAGCUCAUGUAAACGUUAUAAUGUUUGCAGAAAGCACAAUACUAUUCUUUUUUUUUUUUUUGCAUAGGAUUAUUAUAAAUUGUUAAAGGCUUACUCCAACCAUCAUGAUCACUUCAUGUAAUUUGAAGUGGUCAUGGUGGUAGGAGCCAGUAAGUGCAAAUUGUGAGCUUGAAAAACUGCACAUGCAGAGUUAUUGUUAAUUGUGUGCUAGGGCUGAUUGCACCCUCAGCACACGUGACAUUGGCAGUCCUUGAUUCUGGGUUGCCAAUGUAAAUUCUGUCCAUAAAAAAUGUCUCUCAUCUGUGUGCACUGCACGCUACCGACAGGCAUAAAAAUCUUCCCCUUGCAGGCAGAGCGCGUGCAGACAGAUCCCCUCCUGCCUCUUUCCAUAGCAGUUUGUUUUGUUUCUUUGUCCUUUCCACUCCCCCCUUCCACUCUUUUUUUCCAAUCACAGGCUUCUCCAAUAGGGCACCAAAACAUUUAACUUAAUUAAGCAGUUUUGGUGAAUAUAUAAUUCCACUGCAGUCUCACUGCUCAACAGUUUGCCAUUUAAAUCACUUUGUACGUGCAGCCUUAGCUACACCUUCCUAGCCGUAACAAAAAUGUGCGGAUUAAAGGGACACUACAGGCACCCAGACCACUUCACCUCAUUGAAGUGGUCUGGGGGCAAUGUCCCAGUCCCCCUUAGUCCUGCAAUGUCAAUUGCAUUGCAGGACUAAGACUGCCUCUAGUGGUUGUCUUGUUUAGUCUUUAAGUUAGGCCGCUUGGUUAAACUAGGGCAAAAUGGUUUAUUUUUCUUCGUAGUAAACAUUUAAGAAACCUUAUACUUCUGCUUUUGUUUUGCCUUACAGCGAACCAGGUGAAGUGCUCUUAUAUUACUGCUACUGUGAAGUAACAGACCCUCAGUGGGUCUGCAACUGGCAAAGGGCUUUGUGUCAGCUUCUGCAUCUCACAGGCAAGGUAAGUGAGUGUUAAACAAUCUAAUCAAAGUGUUAUAUUCUUUAUCCACAAUGUACACUUUCAUUUAUGUAAAAAGAUGCAGAAGAGUGCAGAUUUGUCUUCUUUUUCUUUUUAUGGGCUUUAAUUACUAUAUCCACCUUCAGUGCUCAGUAUGCUAAAUGCUUCUUUUUCUCCUUUCCCUGCUCACUAUGCUGCAUGUUAUUAUUUCUCCAUCUCCAUCUCUAGCGCACUGCGCAGCAUGCUACCAUUUAUCCAUCUCUACCUUACUGCAUGCUGCCAUUUCCCAAUCUCCAGCUCACUGCGCAGCAUGCUACCAUUUCCUAUUCUCCAGCUCACUGCGCAGCAUGCUACCAUUUACUAUCCUCCAGCUCACUGCGCAGCAUGCUACCAUUUCCUAUUCUCCAGCUUACUGCGCAACAUGCUACCAUUUCCUAUUCUCCAGCUCACUGCGCAGCAUGCUACCAUUUCCUAUUCUCCAGCUCACUGCGCAGCAUGCUACCAUUUCCUAUUCUCCAGCUCACUGCGCAGCAUGCUACCAUUUACUAUCCUCCAGCUCACUGCGCAGCAUGCUACCAUUUCCUAUUCUCCAGCUUACUGCGCAACAUGCUACCAUUUCCUAUUCUCCAGCUCACUGCGCAGCAUGCUACCAUUUCCUAUUCUCCAGCUCACUGCGCAGCAUGCUACCAUUUUCCAUUCUCCAGCUCACUGCGCAGCAUGCUACCAUUUCCUAUUCUCCAGCUCACUGCGCAGCAUGCUACCAUUUCCCAUUCUCCAGCUCACUGCGCGGCAUGCUACCAUUUUCCAUUCUCCAGCUCACUGUGCAGCAUGCUACCAUUUCCUAUUCUCUGAAAUAUGAGUAAUAUAGAAGAAAUCCUUAAAGGAUCACUAUAGGCGCCCAAACCACUUAAUCUCAUUAUGAGGUCUGGGUGUCAUGUGCACCCUUAGCCCCCUUCUACAGGAAUGACAAUAUUUUCUUUACAGGAUUAACUUGCAUCUGUUAGCUGUCAUAUGAUAGCCCUUAGAGGCUCUUCUGUAAAAUAGCAGUGUAAAACUGUUCUGUUAAUCAGAUGGCCUCAGAGAGACCAUCUGAUUGGUGUAGCACAAUGUUUUGCUGUGCAUGUGCACUAGCCUCCCAAUACCUUCCCAUGGAAAGCAGUAAAUUGGCUGAGAUCACUGAUCUCGUUGAUUUCAGGCAAAGAGGUAAAGCUUGAGUAAGGAGACCCUUGCUAGUCGGAAUAAAAGACUCACCAUUUUAACCCUGGCAGCGCUGGCCCUGCCUUUAAACAGUGACUAGGACUCUAUAGCUUUAGAAAUAUAUAUUUGUACUCCUAACACUAUAGUGGUCCUUUAGGGAAAAAUUUUGUUUUAUUAUUUAUGUAAAAUACCUGAUAUAUCUUUUAUUUGUAUAUAUUAUUGCCCUCUAUUAUAUAUGUUGGGAGAAAGCCCAUAUACUGCACCAAGUUUCUCUACUCUGGUUCCCUGACAAUAUUCAAAUGGUACAAUAGUUUAAGUCAGCACUGCCUUAUAUGAUUAUCUUAUCUAAUAUAUGUUAUCUUUGCCUCCUAGAUCCGCAUUGCUACAGAAGGAGUAAAUGGAACAGUGGGAGGAAGCAAGUUAUCUACCAAGCUUUACAUCAAUGCUAUGCUGUCUCUUCCUUUAUUUAAGAAUAUCAUGUCCUUGGAAGAUUUCAAGGUAAGUUGGAGGUUUUUAAUAGUGCUAGCCUGUGCUGAUUUUCAAAAUGUUUUUCUAGUAGAGUCACCUUUUCCUGACGUAGGCUGUAAAUAUUUGUUACAAAUAUGGAUUAUUAAAACAAAUGCAUACAAAGUAUUAAAGGAACACUAUAUAUUUCUGACACUAUACUGUAAGAAUCACUAUUUAGCCCCCCUGCCCUCCACUUGUUCCCUUUAAAUAUAGUAAAAACCCACUUUUAUUCCAACGCAGCACGGGCCCACUGACGCUGGCACCGCUCUGAUUUGCCUCCUUGGCUGAGCUCAUCAGAAUUGACAAACUCAGCCAAGCCAAUGCUUUCCCAUAGGAAAGCAUUGGCUUGGCUGAGAUCGUCAAUUCUGAUGAGCUCAGCCAAGGAGUUAGGGUGGGGGGUGGAGCCAAAUGCCUCCCUGGCUAAUCAGCAUCUCCUCAUAGAGACGCACUGAAUCUCCAUAAAGAAUGUUCAGCGUCUCCAUGCAGAGCGUGGAGCUGCUGAAUGUCAGGACUCUAGUGGCCGACUUAGUAGUGGUGUUCCUAGGCGGUAAUGUAAACACUGACUUUUCAGAGAAAAGUCAGUGUUUACAGCAAAAAUCCUGCAGGGACUGACUAUACUUACCAGAACAACUACAUUAGGCUGUAGUUCUUCUGGUGACUAUAGUGUCUCUUUUAAGGUAUGUCAAACGCUAUUAAUGCCUAUGGGGUCAAUGGCUUGUUUGUGUUGGAAUGCAUGGCAUUGGAAGACACUGGAGAUAAAUCACCUUAUUUAAUGCAAUACAAUGAUAAAUGAAAAAAAGUUGUUUCCUUCAUGAAAAGUCAAGAAUAAAAAUAUUUGCAGGCUCAAGGAUGGGUGAUAAUUUAUAAAAAUAGCUGAAGGAACCUGCAAAGAUUCUUUUAAAAAAUAUAUGCUUCUACAACUUUCCGCAGACAAGUGAUGGGGGAGCACAGUGUUUUCCAGACCUUCGAGUUGGUAUUUUCCAAGAGAUUGUGCCAAUGGGAAUAGAUCCACUUCAAGUUUCCUAUAAAGAUACAGGUAUUUCACUAGUCUCAACAAGCUAAAGUACUCAUUCUGUGUAGAGCCGUCGAAACAGUAUUACACGCAUUAUUUGUAACUCUUUGCUUUUAGCUGUUCACCUCUCUCCAGAAGAAUUUCAUAAAAAAGUGGGAAAGUAUUUAUUUGAAGCUCAAGAAGAAAAGAACAACACUAUUUUACUAGACUGCCGUAACUUUUACGAAAGCAAAAUAGUAAGUGGAAUUCCUAAAAAAAACAAAUAAAAUAGCUUGUGUAAUAUUUCUGUGCGUUAUUGGAAGCUUACCUCUUAAAUAUGUCUGUUUGUCUAUCUAUGUAUCAAUAUAUCUAAAGUAGCAUGCUCAGAAUAAGAAGUAAACAGUAAAAACAAAUUACUGUAGCUGUAAUCAAUACUUUUAAAAUUGUCACUUAAAUAUAUCACUACAUAGAAAUGUGUUAGCUUCUGGUUCUUCUCCCUUUUGUGACUAGAUGUCCAUAUGCCUUCUGUCUUUCACAUGUUUAAAUCUUACAGUCCCCCUUUCACUUUUUUCUUGUCUCAAUUUCUGUUGCAUAGCCUUUUUUUACUCUAAGUGAAUUCUCCUUGCCUCCUAUGUCUUGUGAUUUUUUUUUUUCUAAUUAAUUUUUAUUAUUUUUAAUUUAUUUCGUUAUUUUCCUCUGUCUAUUAUGUUGCCUAUUUUCUUGUAUGUCUGUUCUAUGUUUGUUUCGUUUUACCUGGUGUAAAUCAUUUGCCCUGUCCAUUCCUCCUCUGGUCUGCCUACUGUGUGACAUAUGUUGCCCAUUCUAUUUUUAAUGUGGCUCUUAUUUCCCUUGUUUAAAUAAACAUAUGUGUGGCUGCACUUAUGCAUGUCUGCUUUACAAGUUUUCUAUCAUGUUGGUUUUUCCUGGAACCAUCUUGCUUCAGGCUUAUUUACCAAAUUGUGUAUGCAGGGAAAUCAAAGUGAAUUACAAUUUUAGGCCAAAAUAGAUCAAAUGAGCAAGUAGCUGUCAUGAAAUGUUUUCCAAUUUUUUGUUUUUUGGCCUAAAAUUAAAAUUUCACUUUCUGAUAUUUUACAUUUUGGUGAAUAACCAUGUCACUUUUUGUAAGUAAAUGGUGUAAAUUGAAAUGCGUAUGUAUGUAUGUAUGUAUGUAUGUAAUCCAAUCAAAUUACAUACAAAAUGUAGUAGAAUGAUAGGUCACAAGAGAGGAGUUGGAUCUUAGGUUACUAUUUAAUUUUGCAAUAACAUUAAAAUAACAUGACUCUGUUUGUUUAUUGAGUGUUGCUGUAUCAAGUGGAUCAUAGGUGUCAAGUGUGUCCCUUUAAGUUACUCCAUGGGUGCACAAACGUUAGGUGUUGAUCCAUUGAAACGUUUGCUAAAGGUCCACGUAGAUUGAAAAAUAACUGUUUGUGCCCAAGGUAUAACUAAAAGGGACACUAUAGUAACUCAUACCACUUCAUCUCAAAGGGGUCCUUUUAACCCGUUUUCUUUAGAAACUGCAAUGUUUGCAUUUCAGGGUUUAAGUACAUCAUGCAUCACUUGAUAAUUAUUAGUGUUACGGCUCUCCCGGCAUAAAGGGGUUAAACCGCCGUUUAGUAGAGUUUCCCUUUUUGUGUAGGUAUAGGUACAGCUACUGUAGAACCCCAACUCCCGAACUGGAACCAGGGAAUGCUCCAAACUCCCAAACGGUAAUCUCACGAAUAGCUGCUAAUGGACGAACACACAAAGCAUCCAAGCGGCUUACAUUCCCAGCAAUCAGUCUCUAACCGCGUACAGUAAAUCCCCUGAAUCACAAGACCAAGCUCCAUAUUGAGGGUUUGCCCGGUAUUUAUGCAGGUCUCCCACCUGGUGGACACUCUCCUAGGGGACCAGAUGGAAGACUGUAACACAGACAGACAUGUAUCACAUUCAGACACACAGAAGUAAAACAUCCCAACAAUGCAUUCUAAUUUCCAUCCCUCUAUCCUGGAGAUAAUUGGGAAGUAAUCCAAUUAUCUCCCAGGACAGAGGCAAAUCGCCAUUAUACACGUGGGGACACAGAGACAGUAAAAUACAUUAAAACAUAUAAUAUUACUUUUACUACACCAACCCCAUACAUGUCACAUAUCCCCAGAUAGCUUAGAUCUGAGCACACAUACAGUUCAAUUGCCAUGGAGCCAAAGUUUAAUUACACGAAUAGGCUCCAAAGUUUAAUUACACGAAUAGGCAUAUCUAUCUGGGUUAAAACAUUCACUUAAGUCCCGAUCAAUCCAGCGUUCGUUUAAACAACCGAAAUAGAAGCAGGGAAGGCUGGAGGCUCAGCGGUGCCUGCACAUAAAAGUAUCCGCUUUUAGUGCACUGAUUCUGGGCUGAUCACUGCUGGCCAUCCGGGGAGCUCCAUAACACCGCCACCGGUGGUCGCGCCUUCGUACGGCUUUCGGUAGUUUAACAUGGGAACACAUAGGAAAAUAAAUGUAAUCCAUAUACAGACAGUUCUGUUACAAUUAGUAUUUUUAAACAGUAAGCAAACAUUUGUAAUCAAAUAUACAAUCCAAAAUAAAUAAUAAUCGUUUAUAAACUUGGUGAGAUUGCAUUGCUGGACACACCUUUCAGCUAGGGGAGCUGAAAAGAUUUAAUGUUUUCCUAUGGGGAAGUUUGAAUACAUGUGCAUGGUUUGUUCAGGUUUGUAUUCCUUAACUCUACAGUGUUCUGUUACAUAAACACUCAUUUGAGUUAGAUAUUUUCAAAUUGAUCACAGCCUUUACAGUCCCAUGAAUGUGGUUGUUUUGCUUUUGGUAAAGUUAUCUUCAGCACAUUUGCUCAUUGAAUGUUCUCUUAUAGGGAAAAUUCGAAAAUUGCCUCGCCCCAGACAUCAGGAAAUUCAGCUACUUCCCAAACUAUGUUGAUCAAAACCUUGAGCUAUUUAAAGAUAAAACAGUACUGAUGUAUUGUACGGGUGGAAUCCGCUGUGAACGUGGCUCUGCUUACCUCAAGUCAAAGGUAACAUCACUGGAUAAUAUAAGAUGCAGCCCACUACUGCCUUAUAUUGAUCAAUUUAAAUGUCUGUUUAUGAGUUUAUCUUUUUCUUUAAAGCGGCACUGUCAUGGCCGAAUUCCGUUUUUUUUAACCCCCCCCUCCCAACUCCACUACAUCUUACUGACCCCCUUGUCACCCCCAAAUGCCCCUAAGCCCCCCAUAUUACCUAAUUUUUAUUCUUUAUUUUCUGCCCCGAUCUGUAUUCAGGGCGCCGCCAUCUUUGUGUGGGUAGAUGAAGUCCCUGUGGGUCACGUCAUCUGCCCACACUAGAUAGCACUGAGAUUCCCGCACAUGCCCAGUGAAACACUUGGGCAUGCGAACGGGAAUUUAAUCUAUUCAUUCAUUCGUCAGAUAGACGAAUGAAUGAAUAGCAUUAUCAGACGAAUAAACAAACACUGAGUAUCAGUGUUCGUUUGUUCGUUCAGUUUAUUACAAGGAGGGAGCUACCGGCACGCAGCUCCCUCCUUGUAAUAUGUAAAGAUAGAAACGGCAGGGGGCAGUGCUCCCCGCCACUUCCUAAACCCCCCAUGUCCUUCCUCCCUCUAUGGGGGAUAUAUGACCCCCAUAAUAGCACAAGGGAGAUUAAAAACUCCCAAAUGCCCCUACUCGCUAUACCGCGAAUAGGGGCAUGUCCACUAAACAGUGAGCAGCCUGUUUGGAAUUUUCCCAUGCUGUGUAAUUUGACUCAUAACACCCUGAUUGGUGGGCUUGGAAUCUAACCAAUCAGAGUGCUCUUUGUCAUUUUACACAGCGUGGGGAAAUUCCAAAGAACUUUCCCACGCUGUGUAAAAUGACACAGAGCACUCUGAUUGGAUGGAUUUCAAGCCACCCAAUCAGGGUGCUCUGUGUCAUUGUACACAGCGUGGGAAAGUUCUUUGGAAUUUUCCCACGCUGUGUAAAAUGACAAAGAGCACUCUGAUUGGCUUAAACCAGCCAAUCAGAGUGUUCUUAGCCUAAUUGCAGGGCGGGGCAAGGCUUUAUAAGCCUUGCCCCGCCAUGCAGAGCUCAUCCUGCGCGGAGCUCAUGGGUGAAAGAUGGAUUAUUUUUUUUGCGCUAGGGUUUUUUCUUUUUCGUCAGUUUUUUUUUUUGCGCUCAGGUUUUUUUUUUUAUUUUAAGUUCGACGGGUAUGGUGGUUUUUUAUUUGGCAUUUUUGGGGGCUGAAAAAUUAAGAUUUUCGAAAAAAGAAGACGUUUAAUUUUUCUUUACAGGUUAGUUAUUUUAUUCCCCCCUCACUAUUUUUUAGGGUGAGGGGGGUAGGUAGGGGGUAAUUGUUUUGGGGUGGGGGGUGGGUGACUAGGGGCUUGAGGACGCCUAGUCACCUUUGAUGGGGGGGGAGAUUUGUCUUAGGGCCCCCACCCGCCGCCCAGGGGUGGGGGCCAUGGGGGACAGUAGGUCCCUCCCGUUGUAAUUUAUGGCCCCCACCCACCGUGCAGAGGUGGGGGCCGGGGGGAGGACAGUAGGUCCUCCCCCUUAUUAUCUUUAUGGCCCCCACCCACCGUUCAAGGGUGGGGGCCGUGGGGGAGGACAGUAGGUGUCCGUCCCCCCAUUGUAAUUUAUGGCCCCCACGCGCAGGGGUGGGGGCCGGGUGGAGGCCAAUAGAUUAUUUUACAGUGCUUACUAGACAUGCCCCUACUCACGGUAUAGCGAGAAGUGGCAGAUCAUUUACUAAUACUAAGUAAUCUUUACUUAGUAUUAGUAAAUGUGGCUGAUAGACCAAUUUAGGUCUUUCAGCCUCUUGGUAGAUAACUCCCUGAUACCGUGGGAAUUAGGGAGUUGACUUGAAUCUGAGUUUCAUUCAUUCGAAUGAAAUUCCGAUAUGAAAAAAGUGCCGAAUUGCGUUCUAAAACAAACGAACAUACUGUUCUCAUUCAGUUAGAACUUCGUCAGUUUCAUCUAGAAUGACAGGAAGCAUCAUGAGAUCACAGAGGAAAGGUAAAAAUUAUGGGAAAAUUGCUCUGACCAGCGGAAAUGAAGCACACUUUGCUCCUCCGCUGGUCAAAGCUGGUCAAGCGGAGGAAACCUCCAUAAGGCAAAGACUUUGUCUUAUGAUUUUAAAGAAAACUAAAGAAGACAGGAAGAAAAGAAGAACCGAUCCUGAGAGAGGGGGAGAAGAGGAAGAGAUUGAGGAAAGGUAAGUUCGACAUGACAGUGCCGCUUUAACUGAUAUAGCAGUAAUAUUAUGAUAUUUUUAGAGGGACACUAUAGUCACCAGAACAACUACAGCUUAUUGAAUUUGUUCUGGUAAGUAGAAUCAUUACCUGCAGGCUUUUUGCUGAAAAUACUGUCUUUUCAGAAAAUAUGCAGUGUUUACAUUACAGCCUUGUGAUAACUUGCCACUCCUCAGAUGGCUGUUAGAGAUCCUUCCUGGGUCAGGGCUGCCUAAAAUGCAUCCAAACAUUCAGUAUCUCCUCCCUCUGCAUGCAGACACUGAACUUUCCCUUAUAGAGAUUCAUUGAUUCAAUUCAUCUCUAUAAGGAGAUGCUGAUUGGCCAGGGCUGUGUUUGAAUCAUGCUGGCUCUGCCCCAGAUCUGCCUCCUUGUCAGUCUCAGCCAAUCCUAUGGGGAAGCAUUGUGAUUGGAUCAGGCCACCACUUCUGAUGAUGUCAGCAGACAGCUUGUUUUUUCUGAGGCAAACAGCAUGCAGAUCUACAGCUACAGGCUUGUAUUUGCUAUAUUUAUGGAGGUAUGAGGGGCCCAGGGGGGCUAGAUGGUGGUUUUAACACUAUAGGCUCCAGAAUACAUGUUUGUGUUCCUGACCCUAUAGUGAUCCUUUAAUAUUGUUGUAAACAUUUGUCAAAGAGUGCAUGCAGUGUGAAUAGCAGAAAUGCUACUUCUUGUGCAAAAUGUAUACUCUGUUUUCACACUGAAAAAUUUUAAAUGUACUGCGUUAGAGAUGGACACAGACAGUAAGUAAUGAAAAGCUAUUUAAAAGCUACUUCUAAUAAGACAAUACCUCAAAAUUGAAAUAUAAAUUGACAACAGAAAAGAAAACAAGGCUUAAUUUGCAUGAGGAUGGGAGACUAUUUCUGUAUGAGAUCCUACUCAUUGUUUCAGAGACCCCCUGUUGAAGGAAUUUGUCUUCUCAGAUAAUUGAAACAUUGUGUUUAGGAAUCAUAAUUUGGUGUGAUUGUCUUGUCUUUCUGUCUGUGAUAGAAAUCAUUUAAUUGCUUUAAGUUACUGCCUUUCAUUGUGCAUGUCUAAUCCUUUAUUCCCCCCAUUCCCCACAUUCAAAAACACAUUGACAACACUUACCUUGCUUAAUAUAAAUACUGGGAGUUGGACAAUUUUUUGGGCCCGCCUUGGGCCUAUAUGCUCCUUGGCCCUGACAGAGAAGAACUCUUAUGUUCAUGCUUUAACUAAGCAUAUCAGGCUUCUGUUUUCUUUGCUUUUUGGCCCAUGGUGAGUAUUGUAGCAAAGUCAACGUUUUCGGGGCUCUGCAACAGCACAAUAUAAUUUGUAUACUGUGGACAUGCACAGAGACAUCGAUCGAGCAUCAAUCCAGCACAGCCACCAAGCUCAGCCCCCCUAUCACUGACUAAUUAAAACUUAGCCAGCUACUUCCGAUUUCUGAAAGCAACACGACAACUGUACGGAUUUGAAGUGGUAAUGGUUAUUGGAGUCACUAUAUGCAGCAUUUUAAUUUGGAACGCUGCACAUGCAGACAUAGGUAUAAUUCCACCUCAGGCAGUGUCAUUAACCUGGCCAGAACAAAAGUGAAUUGAAGACAUUGCAGCUAUUUUGUUUUUUUCAGUGUUUUUAAGGCAUUAUCUCCAGUAUGCAUUUAAACAAAUGGGCUUCAGCCUUAAAGAAACCACCCUUAACAGCAUAACAAUUGCAGUGUGCCCACUAGACUGCUGAAAAUGGUUUGACUACUUGCAUUGGAGGGCACAUCUGGCACCAUAUUCACUACAGCCUGCUGUAGUAGUUAUGUUGCUUGGAAUGUUCCAUUAAAAAGGGACUUGGUCCAAAAAUUAAAAAUACAAAUCAGGCUGGAGUUGAACUUCAUGAGAUAUAUAAUGUAAAACUGCCACACGUCUUAAGUGAGAACAUGCCUAUAAAGUUUCUCUGUUUCUAAAUCUCCAAGUUUAGCAUGUUCUGAGUGAGCAGCCACCAUAGCACGAAGAAGCUAAAACAUUUCUGCCAGUCAUGGCACUCACAUUAUUUUCUGUGGCAGUGCUCAGCAUAUCCAGUUUAAACCCAUAUCAACCAAAUAUGGGAUUCAUUUGUUUGAUUCUUUAGAAAGUGUAGGGGCAAUUCCAUUCUGUAGUGACACAUUAUUUAUUUUUUUGCUUUUCUAAAAAAACACAUUUUGACUUUUUCCUGCCACAGUUCCUUUCCCUUGUGCAGAGACUACAUUUUACACAUGUAUAAAAAUGGUUUGGCAAUAAAAAUAUUGUAGCCUUAAGUUGAAUAUUCCCAUUUUUUUCUUUUUUUUUUGUGAACAGGCGUCAUGCAAAGAAGUCUACCAGCUCAAAGGGGGGAUCCAUAAAUAUCUGGAACAGUUUCCAGACGGAUUUUUCCGUGGGAAACUUUUUGUGUUUGAUGGACGUUAUACCAUUUCUUCCAACAGUGACAUCAUAUCAAGUAAGUAGAUUGGAUAACCAUGGUAUGAUUGUAAUUUGAUUUAAAAAAAAAAAAAAAAACACUUUGUACAGAAAACUUUUAGAUGUUUAAAAAAAAAAAAGUGUUUAAGUGUUUUGUGCAAUUUACAAAUUUCAGACCUCGCUCCCUAUUAACUUCUGAAGUAAGUAUACCACAAUCCUAACAAUCACAACACAGCAUUAUAUCAUGACCUAAGGCAUCAUCAAAUGAAAGGCCUAUUCCAAAACAAGUUCACAUAGGUAUUGUUGUAGUUGUGCCUGCCAGGAGAGAUACAAUUGUAAUUUCGUUAGCGUCACAGUGUACAUUAAAGAAAUUAGCCAUCUGAGUAAGGCUUGCACCAUAAAAAUCCAUUUCAUUUUUCGAUCAAAUUAGCAGAUUUUACAGUAACCCUCAUACACACAUAUACUGAAGGAACUUAUAUGACCAACUUGUAAUGAAAAUAAGUAGUUACACAGAAUGUGACGGCAGAUAAGAACCAUUCGGCCCAUCUAGUCUGGCAAUUUUCUAAAUACUUUCAUUACUCCCUGGUCUUAUCUUAAGUCUAGGAUAGCUUUUGCCUAUCCCACGCAUGCUUAAACUCCCUCACUGUGUAAAAGCAUGCUUAUUGGUUGUGAUUAUCAGUAAAUGUGCAUUGUCCUGCAUCAGCUUUACUAUACAGAUUCAAUGGACAAUGAUCCCUAGUAAUAAUAACAAAGUAUUUAAUCAGCAAAGCCACAUUCAGAUUACUCUGGUUUCCAAUUACGUCCUGGGGAUGUUACUUUUUGAACAACAUCAAAACCUGCCAAAGGUUGAACAAAUUCUACUGAUGAUGCAUUAGCCCACUGAGCUAAUUCACCGGCCUUAUAGUUUUGUGUAUUUUAGUAAUUUAUUCAGUACAAGAAACAUCCACAAACCAAGUGGCUAUUUUUGUAUAAAAUUUGCAGUUUGUUUUUUAGUUCUUUAUUCACUUAUUGGCAGGUUUUAAAAAAAAAAUUUGGUGGUGAAAGGAUUAAAGUAAUUUGCAUUGAUGCAAAACUUACAAAUUGCAACUAUCUUUCUAAUUUUUAGAAACUUUUUAGACUGGAAUAAUGCUACUGAAACACUAUCAUGAUUUAACUACACAUUUUAACAAAAGGUGUGGAUAUCAACUGACCCUGUUCCAAAGAGGCUUGCUGGCACUAUAUACCUUCAUCUUUUCAUGGAGUAAAGGAGCAUUCCAAUCUGUGUGUGUUAAGACAGGGUUUUUUGAGUCUUGAAUGACUUUACAGCAGAACUCUUGUCCUUACUGUAUUGAGCUCCUAGCUGAAAGAGUAAAUUUUUUUUUAUUUGUUUAAAUGAAGCAAGCUGCAUUCUUGGAAAUGCCAUUUGAAGUUUUACAUAGAGAAUUAGUAUAGUAAUUUAUUAUACUACGUUUGUAUUUCUGUACUUAUAUGUCUUUAUUAACCUUAUUAAACUUUUUCAGAUUGUCGUUAUUGCGGAGCUGCAUGGGACAAAUACAAGCUAUGCUCCACACCACGCUGCUGCCAGUUAGUUCUAACAUGCAUGGCAUGUCAGGACAGAGGCCUCACCGCAUGUUGUCCCACAUGCCAAGAGAAGGGAAUUGAGACUCAUUUUAGGGAUCACCAGCAACACUUCAGAGAGGAAUGUGAAUGCACAGAAAAGAGACCCAAGAUACCAACAGAGAUAGUUUAACCAGAACUAUUAUUUUUCACAUUUGUUUACACCAGGAUUGGCGAUUGUAACUUGCCAUAACACUUGUACAACCUGAUCUGUAUGAAGACAAUCUGUGUCAUAGCAAAAAGGCAGUUUGCCUGUCUACAAAAAAAACCCACAUACAUCUCUUUUCAUUGGAUUAAGAUGAGAGUAUACAAUUUCAAUGAAUCAGUAUCUGUGCCACCAAGUGGUCUUCUGUACGGAUAUAAUAUAUAGAAAUGUAAAUGUUAUUGUAAAGUGCACUUGUCAUGCAUAGCAUAAUGAGAGAUUUUAUUACGUAAAUCGUGACUUUGAAACUGAAGUGCAAAUUAAAGGGCAUAACAUGUCUUUAAAAUGUACCAGCUAAACUGAGAGCAAACGUAUAUGUGUAACAUUAUUCUGCAUAAUUUACCUUCUGAGAGUUUACUGCUGUGCUGUCAGCUAAACGGCAAAGACAGCAUCAAAAGAUGCAGUUGUACCAUGCAACUCCUAGCAUGCAAAUGUAAGCCAGGAAUUGAAUAAUGCAGUUUGCAUCAUUUGGGGGCAGCUGUGUGUGCAAAACCUUUUUUGGGUAACUGUCUUUUAUUAUAUUAAUUUGCUCACAAUCUUGCUAGGAUUGUGUGCAGAUAAUACCUAUUCAUAACCUAAAUGGGAACUUGCCACACUUGCAUAAUAGUGCAGUGUGUUUUAUGGGAAAACAAUCCCAUUGAGAGUUUGUCAUCAUCAAUAAUGAACCCAUGAGACCAAAGGUCAAGUGGUUUAUAAAUGUCCUCAAAACCACAAGAUUAAAUUAUUUAUCUAUAAUACACAAAUAAAUGUCUAGGUACACAAAGCAUUGUCCUUAGCAUUAAAGGACCACUAUAGUGCCAGGAAAACAUACUCGUUUUCCUGGCACUAUAGUGCCCUGAGGGUGCCCCCACCCUCAGGGUCCCCCUCCCGCGCGGCUCUGGGGAGAGGAAAGGGGUAAAAACUUACCUUUUUCCAGCACUGGGCGGGGAGCUCUCCUCCUUCUCUCCUCCUCCUGGGCUGAUUGCGCACGCGCGGCAAGAGCUGCGCGCGCAUUCAGCCCGUCACAUAGGAAAGCAUUUACAAUGCUUUCCUAUGGACGCUUGUGUGCUCUCACUGUGAAAAUCACAGGGAAAAGCACGCAAGCGGCUCUAGUGGCUGUCAAUGAGACAGCCACUAGACGAUUAGGGGGAAGGCUUAACCCAUUAAUAAACAUAGCAGUUUCUCUGAAACUGCUAUGUUUAUAAAAAAAUGGGUUAACCCUAGAAGGACCUGGCACCCAGACCACUUCAUUAAGCUGAAGUGGUCUGGGUGCCUAGAGUGGUCCUUUAAGGAUCAGAUUAAGCAAUCUUUCAGCUCAACAAUUAAGCUUUUCGCGAGCCUCUCUAUAAUACACACUACAUUGUUAUGUAUGUUUAUUAAUACAGGAUUCCAUUUAGUUUGGGUUGCUUCAAUUGUAGCGCAAUCUGCCCAAAAUUGGUGGAAGUUACACUCCUAGGCAGCAGCUACUAUUUGCAGUUGACACCCCCUGCUCCAAUAGCUACAUACCAGAGAGACUGAAAUGCUCUGUUUUUGUUUCCUCAGGUCGUUAUUGUGAGGGUUACUAGAAAUGAUAGCAGAUGCAAAUUGCAGCUGUUGCAAUGGAGUGUUACUCUCAUUAAUCUUAGGCAGGCAGGGACAUGGAUGCCUGGUGCUGCCCUGAGAUGAGGGGCCCCAAAUUAGAAGAGCUAGAAUGCUAGAUGUGUAUUACACACAGGACUUUAUUGGGGGAAUAGAUAUUUUGAUGCUGUCCUUUUCUUACCAAUAACACAGAUGCGGGUACUCUCUUAAACUAUAUAUUGUGAUAUAUACUAUUUUAAUAUAUGUUUUAUUUUAAUCUAAAAAAGGUGCUGGCACUCUGUACUUUUGAUGUUGACAACCCCUUUAUUUCGACAUCAAACUAUUACUUUCGGACUGAGGUCAAAUUCACUAAUAAAUAAUAAUAAAUUCACUCAUAUAUAUUGUACUGACAUCAAAGUGAAAAUAAUCUAGUCCGUAUUGUUAUUUUGAACAAACAUUCAGUCUUUUCUGCCUUCCUAAAAGUGUAAACAAUUGUGAUUGUCAGAUGGAGAUUUUAGCAGAUUUCAUGAUGAAAGGUGUGCAAUAUUAUCUCACAAUAAAAAGUAAUUGGGUCGGUUGUAUCCGCUGGUAAUGUGUGUGUGUGUGUGUAGUGGAAUAUUGGAAAAAUAUCUGUUUUCCUUAAAUCAUACUUUUUUUUAAAAACAAAUCUGGUUUCCUUAAAUGAUGCAUUUUAUAUAAGGGAGAUUUUCAUCUGUCUAGGUUUUUAAUGUUUGCACAGGACAUUUUUUCUCUACAUCAAAUAAAUAAUUAUUCUCAUUGUGUUUGUUAUUUUUAAGCAAGGCUUCUACAAGGUUAUUUAAGUAAUAAAAUUGGCAGUUGGCACAAAAUCCUAAAUCACAAAUAAUUAUUCUCUUAGAAACUCCCUCAAUAGCCAGACAUAACCUUUGGCAGGUUCUCUAAUCUGCAAAAAUUUGGGAAUAUCAAGUACUCUGCUUCUAGGUCAAGUUCUACCGCUGAGCCAAGUCGCCUUACAGAUCAAACAGGAAUCCCCUUAGGGAAUGUCGGAUGUGGGAAUUGCUGACUGCUCAGUUUUAGGUAAAGUGUAGAACUGCUACUUUAAUUCUUAGAGACACUCUCUACGUACCAUUACCACUACAGUGUGUCAG